AUGAGUUUUUUAACAUUUAUAACCGGCUCGACAAGAUCGUGGCAACCGGCUUUAACAGUCGACACGACAAAUGCAUCGUAUUGGCUGAAUUGGAGAGUUUUGUUAUGCUCGAUAUGGAUUCUAAUGUCGAUGGUUUUCGCAUCAUUGCUAAUAUCGAAACACGAGUAUCGUCAAAGUUCGAACGAACGGAGCUUGGAGAGUCAACAGCAAGAAAAAGAACCGGCCGGAGUUUUGUACGAGGAUGAAGUUUGGAGACCUUGUCUGAAGAGCAUUCAUCCUGUUUGGCUGCUCGGUUAUCGAGUUUUCGCAUUCGUCGUGCUCUCGUUGAUGCUUAUUUUGAACGUUGUUGUCGAUGGAGGGGCCAUUUUUUACUUCUAUACACAGUGGACUUUUACGCUUAUCACAAUCUACUUCGCACUUGGGUCCUUGCUGUCAAUGUGGGGUUGCUAUCGAUACAAUAAGAAUGGUGCUGGUAUGCAAUUUGAUGCCGAAAAUGGAUCUUCUUCGACAACUCAGAACAUAAAUGUGGUGAAUUUUGCAAAAGGAGUCGAACUCAAUCAAGAAAAUGUGGUUCGCAAAAAAGCCGGGUGUUUGGCUUAUACCUUUCAAAUCAUUUUCCAGAUGAAUGCUGGAGCCGUGAUGCUUACAGACACCGUUUUUUGGUUCAUCCUGGUCCCGUUUCUAGUCAUUAAAGCUUACAAUUUGAAUUUCUUGAUUAUUAACAUGCACUCGAUCAAUGCCGUUUUUCUGCUGGGAGAAACUGCUUUAAACUCCUUGAGAUUUCCAUGGUUCCGCAUCGGCUACUUUUUUCUCUGGACCUCGACUUAUGUACUCUUCCAAUGGGUUGUGCAUGCAUGCGUUUCGAUUUGGUGGCCAUAUCCAUUUCUUGAUUUAUCAUCUUCAUAUGCACCACUAUGGUAA